AUGGCGGCGGCGGCGGAGGCUGGUCCCGGCCCGUGGCGCGUGGGCUUCGUGGGGGCGGGCCGCAUGGCGGAGGCCAUCGCGCAGGGCCUCGUCCGAGCAGGAAAAGUGGAAGCUCAGCACGUGCUGGCCAGCGCGCCAACAGACAGGAACCUCUGCCGCUUCCGGGCUCUGGGUUGCCAGACUACCCACUCCAACCAGGAGGUGCUGCGGAGCUGCUUGCUCAUCAUCUUUGCCACUAAGCCCCACGUCCUGCCAGCCGUUCUGGCAGAGGUGGCCCCUGUGGUCACCACUGAGCACAUCUUGGUGUCUGUGGCUGCUGGGGUCUCUCUGAGCACCCUGGAAGAGCUGCUGCCCCCGAACUCACGGGUGCUGCGGGUCUCACCCAACCUGCCCUGCGUGGUCCAGGAGGGGGCCAUGGCGAUGGCGCGGGGCCACCAUGCUGGGAGCAGUGAGGCCAAGCUCCUGAAGGACCUGCUGGAGGCCUGUGGGCAGUGCGAGGAGGUGCCUGAGGCUCACAUGGAUAUCCACACCGGCCUCAGUGGCAGCGGCGUGGCCUUCGUUCUGAGCCUUCUCCUGGCUGGGUACCGUGUCCAGGGAGUGCUGGCUUUGACACCCCUCCCAUGCUGCGACUCCAGGUGUGCAUGUUCUCUGAGGCCCUGGCUGAAGGCGCCAUCAAGAUGGGCAUGCCCAGUGGCCUGGCCCACCGCAUCACUGCCCAGACCCUGCUGGGGACAGCCAAGAUGCUGCUGCAGGAGGGGCAGCACCCGGCCCAGCUGCGGACAGAUGUGUGCACGCCGGGCGGCACCACCAUCUACGGGCUUCACACGCUGGAGCAGGGGGGGCUGCGAGCGGCCGCCAUGAGCGCCGUGGAGGCUGCCACCAACCGGGCCAAGGAGCUCAGCAGGAAGUAGGGUCCAGGCUCUGGAUGGAAGCCACCAGCCUCGUUGCCCACUUGUGCCACUCCCAGCCCUCCCUUUGUCCUUUCUCUGAGGACUGUGGCUCUCCCUCCAUCCUGCAUGAGUGUCUCGAGCUGUUCCCACUCCCCCUGUACAGGGAAAUCAGGGAACCCCACACCAAGGGGACACUCCACCCACUCCUCAUGGGACAGAAGGCACCACGGUGGCAGCCUGCUCCUAGUGAGCCUGCCAUAACGCGUGACAUCGGCUCUGAGGGACCAAGAGCUGGCAUCUUGGUUGUGUGCCUGCAUGGUGAGGCAUCGGUUGAGGCUGCAGCAGAGCUGCAGGCAAGAGCAGCUGGACGAGCACCCUGUUCCCUCCUUGGAUUCCCAACAGCCCUUGUGCAGCUGUGGCCAGGCCAGCUCUCAUCUCAGCUCUGGGGGGUACAGGGACACAUUCAGUCUGCACAAGAGACCCCUUCCUCCUCAAUGAAGCCAGGGGACUUGGGGCAGAGGGGCCCCCUAUGGGGAGCUAGAGCCACACCCUGCCAGCCCCUAAGAGAGCAGGCUGUGUGCUCUUCCCCCAGCCGAGGGGGCGAGGGCAGGAGCAGGAGCUAGAACUGUACCUGUACUCCAGAGCCCACGUGGCAGAGCUGUGCUGGGCUGGGGCUGCUGCCGUGCUUGGGGCAGCACCAGAAGGGCGGUGGGCAGGUGGAAGGGCUGCUCGAUGUCUGGGAGUGGGCCCUCUCACUCAGCUGGCUGUGAGCUCCCUCCUUCCCCCAGACCCUAAACUGGCAGGUUGCCAGGUGGAGCUGGGCCCUUAUGACCCUCUGCUGGGUCAGGAGUCCUGGAGGGGCCUGUGGACCUGGCACCACCACACUGACUUGACUCCAGCAUUUCCCUUACUGGACUAACAGGUCAGGAAAGCCAGGACCUGGGGGAGUGAGGCCAUGGACUGAAGGCCGGGCUCUGGGGCCUUUGGGUGGGGAAGGCCCAGAUCAGACCAUCUGCAACUCUGCCCCCUACACAGGACACUGUCCCCAAGGCUCACCUGGGUCUCACCCCACCUUGCUUCUGCCCAGCAGCCUGGCAAGGCAGGGAGCGCUGUCAGUGUGGCUUGGUAGCAGUUCCAGCUGUGCCAUUACCAGCUGCCUGACUUUAGGCGAGUUAAUCCUGUUUAUAAAACAGGGCUAAGGGCACCUAAACAGCAGGAACGGUUCCAUCCCUCACAGCCACAGCCUCUCGUCCUCCACCCACACCCACUCAACCCCCGCGCCCCAAAACCUGUAGCCUCUGCCUUCCCCCUAGCUGAGAGGUCAGCCCCGUGCCCAGACCUCCCACCCCCAGCCUCCUCGGCAGGCAGACAAGCAGGCAAGCGCUCAGUCAACCACCGCUGGGUCCGGCCCUGGCCCCGCCACUUGUCAGAAGGGUCGGCCUGAGUCGAUUUCACGCUGUGAUUUCCUCAUCUGUGAAACGGGAAUAAAGAUACCGAGAGCACCGGGUGGGCUGACGUUUAAUGGAGGCUGAUAACGCCAAAUCCCACGUGCCCAAAGCCCCACCUUGCUGAGGCCCAGGACAUAUCGGAGCUUGCAGGUGCACAGGCAGUGUGCAUGGCACAGGUUUCCCACCCUGGCUGCAGGUCACCAUCACUGCCAGCUCUGCCAGCUUCCCCUGCACUGUGAGGGUCACUCCAAGGCCUGUGUGCCAAGGUGGGCAGGUUUGGGAGCCCAGGGUCUGGUGCAGGCUGCCCCUGCAGGACCUUCUUGGGCAGCGCUUCUCAGGGACACCUGCGUUCACACUGACAGGGAGCCAGCCCAUCUGCAAAAAGAAAUCACUGUUGAAUA